UGUGUGUGUGCGCGGGCACUAGCUGGGAGUGUUGAAUUCGAGAGGCUCUUUGCCAACAUUCCCUUCGUUUCAGCAAUGGCCGCCAUCUCCAUCCUCCUCGUCGCCGGCCUACUAACCGCGCUCGCGUACGCGCUCCGCCUGGCCCACUCCCACCUGUGGGUCCCGCACCGCCUGGAGCGCCGCCUGCACCGGCAGGGCAUCCGGGGGCCCCCGCGCAGGCUGAUCUCCGCCAACGAGGCCGACUACGGCGCGCUGCUCGCCGCCGCCCUGUCCGCGCCGCUCGCCUCCUUCCACCACGACAUCGUCGGCCGCGCGACGCCGCACUACCGCGAGUGGCCGGCGCGGUACGGCAGGCCGUUCGUGUUCUGGCUCGGGCCCCGCCCGCAUCUGGUUGUCUCCGGCCCGGAGGUGGCCAAGGCCGUGCUGACCGACUCCACGGGGGCUUUCAGUAAGGCUGACUCCCGCGGCGGCAGCAACCCGCUCACCUGGCAGCUCAUCGGCGAGGGGCUGUUGGGGCUCACUGGGGAGAAGUGGGCGCACCACCGCCGUGUCAUCGCGCCAGCCUUCAACAUGGAGAGAGUCAAGGGUUGGAUACCAGAAAUAUCAGCUAUCACCUCAUCCAUGCUGGAUAAAUGGGAGGUUCAAGGAGAAACCCGCGCUGAGUUUGAGAUUGAUGUAAAUACAGAAUUCCACUCUUUAAGUGCAGACAUCAUUUCUUGUGUGGCAUUUGGAAGUAGCUAUGAGGAAGGAAAGCGAGUUUUUCAAUUGCAAGAAGAACAGAUUAAACUUGUCAUUCUUGCGUUGAGAACCAUCUACAUUCCUGGUUUCAGGUUUAUACCGACAAAGAAGAACAGAAGAUGGCAUAGCUUAAACCAAGAAAUUCGAAACUCCCUGCGCAAAUUGAUUGAGAUUAAUGGAAGGAAGUGUGAAGAUUCCAAAAAUUUGCUUGGCUUGAUGCUAUCAGCCAGUAAAAUUGACAACAAACUUAAAAUGGGCAUUGAAGAAAUUAUUGAUGAGUGCAAGACAUUUUACUUUGCCGGUAAAGAAACAACCGCAAAUUUGUUGACAUGGGCAACACUUAUGUUGGCAUUGCAUAGAGAAUGGCAAGACAAGGCCCGCGACGAAGUCCUUCAAGCGUGUGGCAAGUACGAGCACCCAAAUGCGGAAAAUCUAAGCAGCCUCAAAAUUGUAAAUAUGGUGUUAAAAGAGACUCUCAGGUUGUACCCUCCAGCCAUGAUUCUUAACAGGAUAGUCACUAGGGAUGUCGAGCUAGGCAUACUCAACAUCCCUGCUGGCACGCAGCUCAAUCUACCUAUUGUUGAGAUUCACCAUGAUUCCGACAUAUGGGGUGCUAAAGCAGAGGAGUUCGAUCCAUCAAGGUUUGCAGAUGGAAAGAGCUAUCACCUCGGCGCGUACUUUCCCUUUGGGAUUGGCCCUACCAUCUGUGUUGGCCAGAAUCUCGCGAUGGUUGAGGCAAAACUGGUUCUUGCAAUGGUCCUCCAGCGGUUCGCAUUUGAUGUCUCGCCAAAUUAUGUUCAUGCGCCAAUGCUUGGGAUGACGCUCCAACCCCAGUAUGGUGCACAAGUUCUUGUCCGCAGGGUCUGAGCCAUCCAAGCCCUAUAUUUGGAAUUUUUAUCGUGAAAAUAAGGUAUAUGCCAUGUCUCAUGUAUCUAUAUAUGUACUGUAAGUAUUUUGAAGGGGAGGCUCUGAACUUUGUCUUGGUGGUGUAUGUAGAAAAUACUAGAACUUGAUCGUCGCCUGUCCAUUUCAGCCAUUUUCAUGAAAAGUAUGAUGCACUAAAGUCAAUUAUCCAGGCAUCUAA